CUCCAUUGUCCCCAACUAACAAGUGGCUCAAGAAAUCAUCAAAAAAAUGCUCACGCCAUUAAAAUUCAACCAAAACCUCCUCCUCUCCUCCUUCCCUUCGCAUCUCUGUACAAAAAACCCUCAAAACGACGCCGUGUCGAUCAUCCACCUGCGCAUGUUCAGGUUAAGAGGUUUCAAUCUGCUAUUAAACCACCAUCAUCAUCGUCAUCAUCAUCAUCAUCGGAAUAGUAAUUUACAGAUCUUAAAACCAGACUUCAUCUUCGCUCGAAAAUCAUCGAUGGCUGACACUCAGGAAGCCGAGAGGAGUGAGAAGCAGAAUCCGCUUCCGCUUCCGCUUGCGGCGGAGAAGACGGCGGCGAAAGAGAAGGAGAAAGAGAAAAAGGAAUUGCCUCCGCCGCCGGAGAAGCCGGAGGCCGGCGAUUGUUGUGGCAGUGGGUGUGUUAGAUGCGUGUGGGAUAUUUACUAUGAGGAGCUCGACGCUUAUGAUCAGCUUUUGAAGGAUUUUAACAAUUCUCCCAAUUGAAAACUCAUUGUUUGGACUAAUUUUAUUUUAUUUAGACUCAAUUCAUUCUUCCAGAAAUUGUUGAUACGAUAAUAUUAUCUCAAUACAUAAUUUAUAUUUCUGGUGA